AUGUCAUUUCUCGAUAUUUCGCCAGAUUCCGAAUUUCCAAUUCAGAAUCUUCCGUAUGGUGUCUUUUCGACGAAAGGAAACCCUCGGAAAAGGAUCGGUGUUGCGAUAGGCGAUUACAUUCUCGAUUUAUCUGAAGUGAAACACCUCUUCAAUGGGGCACACUUCGAUUGUACACCUCACGUAUUCGAGCAGCAGUCGUUGAAUGCAUUCAUGUCACUUCCGAGAGAGGCUUGGCGUGAGGCUCGUUCGAAUAUUCAAAGGCUGUUGGGUAAGCAGGACAAGACAUUGAGUGGCAAUAACGAGCUGAAAGCACGAGCGAUUGUGCCUCGAAGCGAAGCAGUCAUGCAUCUGCCUGUUCAGAUCGGUGAUUAUACCGAUUUCUACUCAUCCAUACAUCAUGCCACUAAUGUUGGUAUAAUGUUCAGAGGCAAGGAAAAUGCACUGAUGCCGAAUUGGAAAUGGUUACCAGUGGGCUAUCAUGGACGUUCGUCGAGUAUUCAGCCAUCCGGAACCAGUUUGCGUCGACCAUGGGGACAGACAAAAGCUGAUGACGCUGCUCAGCCAACGUUCGGUCCGUCGAAAUUGGUUGAUUUUGAACUGGAAAUGGCGUUCUUUGUCGGCGGUCCACCAACGGAAGUCGGUGAAACGAUUCCAGUCAAUAAAGCUGAUGAGAGAAUAUUCGGAAUGGUUCUUAUGAACGAUUGGAGUGCUCGUGAUAUUCAGAAAUGGGAAUAUGUACCGUUAGGACCGUUCUUGGGCAAAAGUUUCGGGACAACCAUAUCGCCGUGGAUUGUUACUAUGGAUGCUUUAGCGCCAUUCGUCAUUGAUAACAUGGAACAAGAACCCAAACCAUUGCCCCAUUUGCAACAUGAAGAUCCGUAUAAUUUCGAUAUCAAUCUUCAAGCUUCGAUCAAACCUGAAGGCGAUAGCACUGACCAUGUUGUUUGCCACUCGAAUUUCAAGUACAUGUAUUGGACGAUGAAGCAGCAACUCGCACAUCACACAAGUAAUGGAUGUAAUAUCCGCGCAGGCGAUUUGAUGGGUUCCGGUACUAUCUCUGGAACGGAUGAGAAGAGUUUUGGAUCGAUGUUGGAGUUGUCCUGGAAAGGUACUCGAACAGUUCAAGUGGGCAGUCAAACUCGUAAAUUCAUCAAUGACAACGAUGAAGUCAUUCUCAAAGGUGCCUCUUCUAAAAUUGCACCGUCUAUAUUAAGAGAAAUUCAUGCUGGUGCCAAGCCGAUGGCUAUCGAAUUGGGUUCGGUGAUUGCCGUGCUAAGUUGUUACCUGCGGUCAAGAAGUCUGAAUGAAUUCAGAAAAGAAUCGUCUAAUUCUAGACAAAUUCAGACACAGUUCUAUAUCAUGUCGGAAGGCAUGAUCACAUUCAACCAAUACAUCGCUUGGGAUUUCUUUCCGUUUGAGAAGGAGUUUUCUCUUGGAUAUUGUCAAAUGCUACCAUCUACCAAUGCAAUCUUCCAGCCGAAGAAGCGAAUUGGAGUGGCGAUUGGUGAUUACAUACUGGAUUUAUCGGCGGUCAAGCAUCUAUUCACUGGGCCGAUAUUCAGCUCCAAACAACAUGUCUUUGAAGAGGAAACAUUGAAUGCGUUCAUGUCGCUUCCGCGAGAGGCAUGGCGUGAGGCUCGUUCGCAAAUUCGAUCACUAUUAAGUAAGGAUGAUAAACGAUUGAGUGAUAACAGCGAAUUGAAAUCGAAAGCGAUCGUAUCACAAAACGAUGCCAUCAUGCAUUUACCUGCACAAAUCGGCGAUUACACUGACUUCUUCUCAUCGAUUUAUCAUGCUAACAACUGCGGCAUUCUUUUUCUGGGCAGCAAAGAUCGUCUAUGGCCGAACUGGAGAAGGUUGCCAGUGGCAUACAAUGGACGUACAUCAAGUGUGGUGGUCUCAGGUACACCCAUACAUCGGCCGUGGGGUCAGCUUAUCACUGAUAAUGCCGAAGAGCCGAUAUUCAGCCAAUCAAAAUGCAUUGAUACGGAACUGGAAAUGGCAUUUUUCAUUGGAGGACCGCCGACCCAACUUGGUGAGACCGUUCCGGUUGAGAAGGCCGAUGAACGAAUCUUCGGAAUGGUGUUGAAACCAUACUUGGUGCUUUCAGCUCGUGACAUUCAAAAGUGGGAAUCCAUUCCGUUAGGACCAUUUUUGGGGAAAAGUUUCGGCACAACGAUAUCGCCGUGGAUCGUCACUAUGGAUGCUUUAAUACCGUUCCUAGUGGAUAAUAUGAAACAGAGUCCGGAACCAUUACGCUAUUUGAAGCACGAUGAUGCGUACAAUUUCGACAUUAAUCUCGAAUUAGCCAUAAAACCCGCUGCUUCAACCAUUGACCAUGUUGUUUGCCGUUCUAAUUACAAGUAUAUGUACUGGACAAUGAAGCAACAACUUGCACAUCACACAAGUAACGGAUGUAAUAUUCGCGCUGGCGAUUUAAUGGGAUCGGGUACCAUUUCUGGACCGGAAGAAGGUAGUUUCGGCUCAAUGUUGGAACUGUCGUGGAACGGUGCGAAGUCAGUGAAAGUCGGCGAUCAAACUCGUAAAUUCAUAGAGGAUAACGAUGAGGUUAUCCUCAGAGGUAAUUCGUUACUUGUUGAUGGUGGAGUGAAUUUCGACGCAAUGGCUUCAGUAUCAACAUUUAUUGAGAAUCAAUUUCAAUUCGCCGAAAUGAACAUUCAACAUCAUGGUAACGUUGAUAAAACCGUAUCGCUUAUCAAACGUGCUGUUCGUAUGGGUUAUGAUAGUAUUGUUGUCAACACGGAUAUCGGUGAUAUCUUCAACGAGCAGUCGCAGAUGGACGAAUCGACUGAAGAUGAACCACCCAUAAAAAAGAAGAAAAAGAAGGGCAAACGAGAGAAUCAUAUCCCUGAUCCCGUACAAAUUGAUGUCUCUCAAAUCAAUACCGCCGAUCUAGAGGUUGCUGGUAAAAAGUUGCGAUUAUUUAGGUGA